UUCCACCAGUAAGUGAUUGAACGUCGGCGCGUACGCAUCUCGGCAUUAGUUUCGAUCCGAGGCCUGCAUCAUCCGGUGGUGAAGUUAUAUAAAAAAAUAGCAGAGAGCAAAUUUUCUAUUUUCACUCUCCCGGUGCAAGUCGUCAAGUCGUAUCGUGCGAUCGAAGAAGUUUCACCUGGAACUUGUACUUGUUGAAUCUUUUUUUGGUUUGUUUUAAAUACUUUAACUCCAAAACGAAGAAAGAAGUGAGUGAAAAUAGUGAAAAGUGUUCAGGUGGAUAUGAUAGUGCUGGUCAAAUUUUUGUUCACCACCAAAAAUCAUCCAGACUUUUCGGCUUAGCUCGCUGCUCUCUCUCUCUACUCAGCUCACAAGAAAAAGAACAUUUGACAAUCUACCACAAUCUGCUCCAGUAUGGCCUCGAGUCCUUCGAAUAGAUUUCGCAGCGGCCGAAACAUGCCAUCAUGGGUGACUGAAAGCAGUGAUCGUGUUGGUCCACCGCCACCACCGCCGCCGGUCAAUAAUGAUCCUGAGUAUGAGGUCAUCGAUGUGGCAAACCAGCAGCAAUAUUCCAAUGCACCACCUCCAGUACCACUCAAAUCGCCAGACAUCAAACGGCUUACCGUGAUGAAGUGUGAUCUUUGUGGUUCGGUCGCACCCGUAGUACGCUGCGAGCAAUGCGAUCAGAAUCUGUUCUGUGUGUCUUGCGAUGAUCGCUAUCAUCGACACCCGAAACGGCAAACACAUGUCAGAAAGCCGAUUGAACCACCGGCGGUUGUGUCGCCGGCACCCAACAUGGUGAAACCGCCCCUCCCACCAAAGGGUGAGGCCGGAUCGAGCGGGCCACUGCCGCCGCCGAGAAGGAACAAACGCCCCGGAAGCUUCCACUUUCCCAGUCCUAUGUUUGGCCGCAAGCAGGACCAGCAGACAAUCCCCACGACAGUACCGCAAGGACAGCCGGAGCAGCAGCAACAGCAGAAACCGCCUCAACCGCCACCGAGUCCGGCACUUUCCUUGCGGGAAAAGAUGAACUCUCUCAAGCGCUUCAUACAUCCGUCGAACAGGCCCUUACCUGAUCCGCCGGAGAAUAAAAUUCACUCUUCCAACUCAUCUCUGGACACCGUUUCGAAACGAUCGCCUUCUGUUGGCCCACGAUCCGUUUCGACCACGAUGGAAAAGAUCCAGAACAAUACAGCCGCUACCCUGGAUCGGAUGACGUUGCUGCAGCAGCGCUACCGACAGCACCAAGAGGCGAUGAAGUCGGAUGGAGAUCGCAGCAGACGGGCGAGUCUUACGUCCAACACGGACCUACAGUCAUCCGCCACUGAAUCAUCAAACAGCUUCCGUACCAAGCCAACAGGUGCUUUUCAGCAGCAUCAACAGCAGCAACAGCAACCGUUCCAUGCGAUGCCACCUUCGCAACAGGUGCACUCGAGGUGGCUUAACCCGCCGGCACCCAGAAUACGAUCUGGCAGUGUUGCUUCCGGCAUUAAUUUACUGUCCGUCCCGGGCAUACCUAACGGACCGGGCACAGGUUAUGUCCAGGAUCUGCGCACACCGGGCAAUAGUAAUGCACCGUCUAUCUCUCCUACACAGCACUCGGAGUUUGGUGAUCCGAUGCAACCGAUGCCGAAUGGGCCGCGAAGUCUCAGUACGUCGGUGUUUAAUCUACACCAGGCACCACCACCACAGCCUAAUAUGUGGGGCUUCAAUCCAUUGCAUCAGGCUCAGUCCAUGGCCCAUUUCAAUCCGAUGCAGUGGAAUCAAAUGAAUGCCUGGAUGGGACGUGGUUCGCAGAAUGGUUCUAACAUGAGUCUUAACUUACCGGCCCAACACGGUUAUCCUUCGCAAGAUCCUUCCGGUUAUCCGCCCGGAUGGGCUAACGCUUGGAAUGGCAUGUAUCCAUACCCGAUGGGCAUGAUGCCGAUGAUGCCAGGUGUCGCUAUGCCACCGCCAAGAUCUCGAGCCAACUCACGAUCCCGGGCCGCUUCACCAGCGCUCAGCAUCAAGUCACGCAAAUCCACCAUGUCAAUGCGCAACCUCAACCGAAACAGUUUCAUUGACGAUCUUACCGACGACGAAGAUUCGGACGAUGGAUUCCAUCGUGCCCGCGGACGAGGCGGUGAUCGGAGGCGCCGGGAACGGCUCAACUCUACCAGCAGUAUGGACUUCGAUGAACCUGAACCACCGACACAAUCCUUUGUGCGUGCGUCCAGUGUAAAGCAUUCACGCUUUAACCGAGAACGUCGUGGUGGUGGAUCGUCUGCCCGAUCAUUGAUUGAUUAUCCGGUAUCGCGGAAGAUUACCGCUCCGGCCGCACGCUACGAUCGGGAAGAGAUGGUAAGGGAUCGGUUCGAUAAAAUGGCCCUCUCAUCGCCUCGUAAAGAGCCUUCCGAUUCCUUUACGAACGAGUCCGAUGUAGAGCCGGAGGGUCGACGUGCUGCCUCCAAUCGUUCGCGCUCAGGAAACGAAAGCCUCAGCUCUCCGCGCAAGAUCAACUCGGACUCCUUGACGAACGAUUCCGAUGCGGACUUUGAGCGAAGACGGCAAGCUAAACUGAAAGCGGCACAGAACAAUCUUACCGCCGCGCGACGCAUGACUUCCGACUCGCAUACGAACGAUUCCGAGCCGGAUCAGGAUCGUCGCCGGCAGCAGAAGACUAAGGUUGCACCAGUGCCAACAACCAAGAAGCCCAUACCAAGCUCCGAUUCAGAUGGGCGUGAGAAACAGCGACGAAAGAGUGACACCAAGCCGGCUGGAAAAGUUGUCACUAGCACGCCCAAGAAGAUACCCUCCGAUUCACACACACCGGAUACGGAUGGUUCGGAGCAGAGGCGCCGGUUCGCAUCCAAACAGCAGCGACAGCGCAAGAACUCGAGCACCGAGUUUAUCGCCAACGAGUCGGAUGAUGAAAAGCCGCGAAAGACGACCAAUUCGGAACAGGUGGUAAAUGGACUGCUGGAGUUCCGUACCAUCUCCCCAACGAAAUCGGAUUCCGACGAGCAGCGGCAUCUGAAAACGGUCGAGAUCAAGAACAUCAUUAACGACACCCGGUCAGAAGUGGACUACGAGCGUACGGACAUCCCGGAAGAUUCACCGCCACCACCAGCACCAGUCACACCGGAUCGUGAGUGGGAGUGUGAGUUCUGCACCUACGUUAACGAGCCCGGUGUGAAGAUAUGCGCUAUCUGCUGCAAAACUGCCACCAUCAGCGUAGUGAGUGGAGCGCCCAGAGCUGACUCCGAUCUUCACACACGCUCACCACCACCGGACAUCGUACAGGAGACGCCACAGGUUACCGAGGUGAAACUGCAAAUUGUACCGCCCCAGAAGUCAACCAACGGUAAGACCCAAGCAGAACCGAAGAAGAAAGAUAUUGACGACGAGAUGGACACCGAGAUGGACCAGGUUGUUGAGGGCGAGGUUUUCAAGUCAAGUAGAGAUGAAGAGCUGAACGAUUUCGAACGAUCGGCAAUGAAGCAAACAGUUGGGGUUCAGCGAAACCUUCCACCGGAAGUUGAUCGCGUUGAGAAAAAGGUUGUUAAAGAAAAGGUAUCCACAGGUUGUGGUCCUUCGCCGCCAAGAGAAAUUGUUGGGCCUUGUGAUACUCAAGCAGCGGGAGAAGAACGAUCACGGUCUAGGGCUUCGAUCGGGACAUCACCACCACCGCAAGACAUGUCUACGCAGACGUAUGAUUCAUUUGAGCAGGUGCGUCAUGACAUUGCCACACAGCAGCAAUCUGUCGAUAAACCAGACGCUGAAACUACUCAGGAACAAACCUUAACAUCUUCAGCGCUGUACAAGCGAUCAUAUUCGCUCGCAACACCGCAACUGCUUGAAGUUGAACGUCCCGCCAGUCGCAACAGCAUCUCUAGUGAUACGCAGAGUCUACCGCCAUCACCACACGAACUUAGCCCACAGCCAGCGAGUCUGCAGAGCUCGGCACGUUACCACGCAAACCAAGCACUUAAUCAAACGUCCCAUCCGACUCAAUCAUCCACAUCUCAUCGCUAUAGUCAACAGCAGGAUGAAAGCCUCUCCUACCUGGACCGUGCCAUCCAUCAGAUCAUUCAAACGGCCGCUAAUCAGACACUCGGUGCUACGGGUCGUUCCGCUGCUGUUCCCGAGGAGAACAUGUACCGUACAUUUAACGAUCUACGCCACAUAGAUUCAAAGACGCCGGCCAAGCUGCCGGUUGUUAGUGGAAACGUACCACCAAAGCAACCAACGCAACCAACAACGAUGGACGAUCAUCAUGAUCCAGAAGAUAUGCCACAGUUUAAAGAGCAAUCGAUAGAAUUGCAAAAUGGGUCCACACUAAAGGAAGAACCUUCGGAGAUGACAUUGCUAUUGCGGGAAGCAGAACGAUAUCAUUUUACGGCCGAAGAGUUGCAGGCGGCUAUGAAUCACUGUGGCGAGAAGCAUCCAGUCCAGUGGCUUCGGAGCAAUUGGAACAAGCUGAUCGAAACGGUACAAACGUUGGCCACUAAAUAUGGGCAUGAGAAGCGGGAAAACACCAUCGGCACUAUCUCAACCGUGGAAGCCCGGGAAGCGUUGAAGAUGCAUAAGGGCAACAUCUGGCGUGCGAUCACCGAAUGUAUUGAGCAGCGUCAGCGCAAGUAUCGCGAGAUCGCUUCGAAGGGAAACUUCACGCGGGAAGACAUCGUCACUAGCUUGACAGCGCACCAUGGUAAUCUGGAACUGGCAAUGGUUGAGCUAAGCAAAACCCAGCUCAAACCAUUCCUGAUGCGCAUCUGGGGCCCACCGAGCGGGGCCGAUAAUGAUAGUGGCAACUUGCUGCUGCACCAAGCGCUCCAAGAGGAUCGCACUGGAAUCAGCAGCGAAAUCCAACAGUUUAUAAGUGCUCAUGUAGAACAAGAGCUACUGGGAGUAGCAACAACAGAUAAGGAAAGACAAGCACCGGAGCCUGAGUUACCUAGUGUGACAGAACAAAUGAAGAAAGAAGAUACCGAACCGGAAUUACAGGAGCUAUGUGAGCUGGAAAACACCGCCGCAGCAUUACCGUCGGAUGAAGAACAACGUGAAGAGGUAUGUGAAGUGCAAACGGCAACCACUUCCAAUACGGAAAUUCUGAAGGAUAUUGAGGCGUUGAUUAUGCAAAUGGAACGGAAACAAGAAUCCACGAACGGAUCGGUUCUGCGCAACAUACAGCAACUUCUCAGCCAGCUUGUAGACGGUGAACACAGCUCCAGGUCUCCAUCCGCUACAUCGAUACGUUCGCAGUCGGAGGAUGGUGCCUCCCCGACAACACCACCAACUCCCACUGGUCAGAAAGCUAACGCCAAAUCAACCGCUUCCAAAACUAAAACCGAAAGUAAAAAGAAAUCCACCAGCGCCACAUCUCCCACGACCGAUUCGACCGGUCGACGGCCAUCGAUCACGCGCAAAAAAUCCAUCGGUGGUGUGUUUGGACCAGUGCAAACGAACACGGUCAAGAACAUGCAGAAAGAGUUCCUCAGUAAAGCGAAAGAAUCGCCCAAACCGAGCACAUCCAAGGUUACACCCAAACCGGCCAAGCUCGUCCAACCGAAGGCGUUUACAGCUCGCUCAUCAGCUACACCGCCCGCUUCUACCAGCAAGGCAGCCACACCCGCUUCGGAAGAUCCCGGUACAUCGGCCCGAUCCACUCCUGGGCCGAGCGAAGCGAUCGAACCGAUGCCGGGAACUUCGCGCGACACAACGUACAUGUGCGAGAAGAUGCUUAAGAAGAAAUAUCGCGAAACGUGCUUCAGCGAUGAGUACCAAACGACGGACGAUGAGGAUGAAAGCCGAAUGACGAUCACGGAAAGCGAGCGUACCAUUAUCAAGAGCCUGGUGAAACCGUACGAACCAAACAGUGAGCCGCCAGAAAUCCAAGCGCAGCAGUUGUUAGAAGAUGGUUUGGUGCAAACUCUCGCCCAAGCAGAGCUCGCAGUUCAGCUGAUAGAGCUACGAUACGCCAAAGAUAACGCAAUCUGGGCCUCUACGCAGUGUCACACGAUCGAUGAAGCGAAAGAUCUAUUACAAAAAGAAUGCGAACUCUGUCUCGGUAUAUUCCCUAUGAAUGAGAUCGUUUCAAUGCUCAAAUGUACUCACACUUGCUGCUUCGAAUGCGCCAAGGAGUACUUCACGCAAGAGAUCACCAACCGCUCGAUCACUAACUGUAACUGCCCAUACUGCAAAGAACCGGAUCUGAAUGGACCAGACGUAACGGAGGAUGACGUACUGGAGUACUUCUCCAAUCUGGACAUUCUGCUCAAGAACAUCGUCGAUGAGGAGGUGCAUGAUCUGUUCCAGCGGAAGAUACGUGACCGAACGCUAACGAAGGAUCCAAACUUCAAGUGGUGUGUCCACUGCUCGAGUGGAUUCUUCGCUCGGCCUAAGCAACGACGGCUAGUCUGUCCGGACUGUGGUUCAAUCACUUGCGCCUCGUGCCGUAAACCGUGGGAAUCGCAGCAUGAAGGUCUGACGUGCGAAAAGUUUGCCGAAUGGAAGGAAGCAAACGAUCCGGAACUGCAGGCUGAAGGUGUUCAGCGUCAUCUCCAGACCCACGGUAUUAGCUGUCCGAAUUGCAAGUUCCGCUACUCGCUAGCCCGUGGUGGUUGUAUGCACUUUACCUGCACACAGUGCAAGUUUGAGUUCUGUUACGGUUGCAACAAACCAUUCAUGAUGGGUGCCAAAUGUAACGUAUCACCGUACUGUGCCAAGCUGGGUUUGCAUGCUCACCAUCCGCGCAACUGUCUGUUCUACUUGCGCGACAAGGAACCUCGAGAUCUACAAAACUUGCUGCUGAUGAACAAUGUAUCGUUUGACACCGAACCGUCGGAACAAAUGAAACAGGAGCUGACGAAUGGAGAAGGUGCCAUCAUGAAGUGUCCCAUUCCACUGCAAAAGGAAACACCAGCCGGUCUGAUGGAUAUGAUCUGCAGUGCAGAUGUCCCCGACAAACAUGCCGGAUUGUGCAGACCGCAUUAUAUUGAGUACCUUAGCUUCCUGGUGACCCAAAAUAGCAUUGAUCCCAUCAACAUCCUCAAUGCGGACGAUCUCGAGUCGAUUGUGCGACGCGCUAACAAACGUAUGCCACCGCGCCCGUACGGCAUGGUGGAUGGCAUCUAUCGCGAAUAUUUGCUGCAGCUCGUUCAGGAGAAAAUUCCUCUUGACAAUUAGAUAGAUUGUUUCCGGCAUCUGCUACGUCCAACUAUCGUAUAGGAUAAGGAUUUAAUCGUUGUUGGUGGAAAUGUUACGUAUCCGCCAGCAUGAUACAUCUACAAGGAUGAUCAACAUGAACAUUACACGGGGCGCUUGGUUAAACUAAGUACUAUAUAUCAAAUAAAUCUAUCUUGGUAUUUCUUU